CUGAAGUCAUGUGACUACCGCAGAAGUGACUUGCAGGCUUCUCCUCGGUCACAACAUAAAAACUGAGUGCCUUUUCCCUGUCGUUUUCCAUAAUACGCUAAAACUAAACCCGGUUGCAGAUAUUCACAGUAUCAUCGAGGACAAUUUUUUGUAUUAAGAAUGACCAUCUCAGCCACCCAGAUGUUGGUGGUGACCGCUGUUCUUCUUCUGCUGCCGUCGCCCGGCUCAGCGAAGGAUUCCAACGACACUGUGCCACUGGUGCUCUGGCAUGGCAUGGGAGACAGCUGCUGCAACCCACUCAGCAUGGGUUCCAUUAAGAAGAUGGUGGAGGAGGACGUGCCAGGCAUCUACGUGCUCUCCCUCAUGAUUGGGCAGUCAAUUAUACAGGACACAGAAAAUGGCUUCUUCAAGGAUGUGAAUGAGCAGGUGGCAUUUGUGUGUAACCAGCUGGCACAGGACCCCAAACUGAAGGAUGGCUACAACGCCAUGGGCUUCUCUCAGGGGGGGCAGUUCCUGAGGGCAGUGGCUCAGAGAUGCCCAUCUCCUCCCAUGAAGAACCUGAUCUCAGUGGGGGGGCAACAGCAAGGUGUGUAUGGUCUUCCACGAUGCCCAGGAGAGACCUCCCACAUCUGUGACUGGAUCCGCAAGAAGCUCAACUCAGGGGCCUAUACAGACAUGGUGCAGAAACAUUUGGUGCAGGCUCAGUACUGGCACGACCCUCUCAACGAUGACCUGUAUAAGAAACACAGCGUGUUCCUUGCCGACAUCAACCAGGAGAGGGUGCUGAAUGAGACCUACAAGAAGAACCUGAUGGCUCUGGAGAAGUUUGUCAUGGUCAAGUUCCUGCAGGACACAGUAGUGGACCCGCGGGGCACUGAGUGGUUUGGAUUCCUAAAGACAGGCCAGGCAGUGGAGACUGAGACCCUACAGGAGAGUGCACUUUAUACAGAGGACCGUCUGGGGCUGGCACAGAUGGACAAGGCCGGUAAGCUGGUGUUCCUGGAGAGUGAUGGAGACCACCUGCAAUUCACCCGAGAGUGGUUCACUGCCAAACUCCUGCCAUACCUGCACUGAACACACGGAAACAUAAGCAAACACACACAGGUACAUCUAUGCUUAUGCUUAACAUAAGCAAACACACACAUGUACAUCUCUUGCUGUUUUAAGACUCCAGUUGCCAGUUGCACACCGAUACAUAUCCUGUCUAUACAUGACUCCUGUUACCAGCUGUGUACUCAUACACAGGUUUUAAAUGCACUGAAGCCGCGCCAUGAGUUCGUCUGCUCUGUUGAUUUGCUAGGCUCCCAUGCACAAUCAUGCUCUCUUACCUGAUAUACUUAACUAGGCUAACAUGUUAAUUAAGCUAGGACAUCAUUUAUUUUAUUGUAAUGAAAAUAUUUGCCUGUAAUGUUGUAUUCUCCUAAUAAAUGAUUAAGUUCUUUUUAA